AUGGUUCUAUCCUUCACUUCACACCACAACCAUUCCUCCCUCUCUAACAAAGACACCGCCACUCCCCCUUCCCUCGUCUCCCGCCCCCAUAACGACCUGUCCAGUAACUACCUCUACGGCUCCGUCCCUGAAGCCCUUCUUGAGGCGUUUCAAAAGGCGAUUAUUCAGCCCAUUUUGUUCCGCACCAACCCCCCUGCCUCCCCUCCUCCCCCACAGCGACCUGUCCACUCCCUAGCCUCCAACUAUCUCACGGGCGUUCUCCCGUCGCCUCCCUCCGUUGCCCUGAAAACGCUCGACGUCUCGGGAAACUUCUUCGCUGGUUCCUUCCCCUCCUUUGCCUCGCAACUAGACGAGUGCAGCGCGGGUGGCAACUGCUUGUCUUCUUCAGGGCACUGUUCAUCGGGCGAGGGGGCGGGUGGGGAGCAGAGGGGGGAGGAGGCGUGUGCGGUUUGUGGCGGGUCAAUGAAGUCAACGCAAGUCAACCUGUGUGGCGAGGGGAAAGUGUGUGUAGCAGAGAUGGAUACUGUUCCUGAAUCAGCUGAAGAGGCCGGGAGUGUGACUGUAACGAUGGUGUGCCAAGAAGGUAAGAAACCGAACACUUAA